AUGUCGAACGAAGAGAGAUACCAGGCCGCUAGCGAGAUCUUCGAUGUCGACCCCGAACAAACUCCCCUCCUAAUUGCCUGCGCCGAGGAUGACUGGAAGGAGGCAGAAUAUUGGCGAUUGUUCGCAGAGGAUAUGUACGAAAAAGGCUUGUUCCGGUUGCAAGGAAAGCUCAUUGACUCUCUCACUGGCAUGACUGAUGCAGAGAGAGAUGAGAUGCUGGACGAGGACGAGGACGAGGACGAGGACGAAGAGAAAGAGCGGGCGAAGGAGGUUCUUAAGAAGAAGGAGAUGGAGAUGGAGAAGGAGAAGGAGAAGGAGAAGGAGAAAGAGAAGGCUGACAUUGGAGCUGUGGUGGCUGCCCGCAAGGACACACUCGAGCCUCCUCGCGCGCUCCCGCUCCGGUCAAAGGGGGGCGCUGCCAACGCUCACGAGUUCACCAAGUCACUGGGAAGGUCAAGCGGCAAGACGCUCAUCGCGAAGUGGAAGGCAGAGAUGGCCAAGUCCGGGUCGGCGAAGGGUGACAAGAUAUGA